AAAAAAAAAAAAAAAAAAACCCACUAAUAUCGUUAAAUUAUCACCACUACCCCUAAUCACUCUCCCUAAAUUUGCAUAACUCCCUUUAUUAUAAGGACAAAAUGGAAACUCCAAAAUUGUUAAUACAUACACCACAAAACUUGGAACUCCUCCUCCCUAGAGUUCUACCAUUACUAAAACUAACAUUAUUUUAGAACGGCGAAUCUUUAAAAUUUCAUUUAAUCAAAAUCAAAUCAUAUACUCCAAAAAAAUUAAAUAAAAUAAAUCGAAAUGACAAGCUGUCAAAAUAUAAUUGGCUGGGAUAUCUCUGGAAUUAUACUGUCACCGUAGGAUCAUAUUCAUCGCCACGUCAUUAUCUAUGACUCACGAUUUUUAACUCACAUGCUUCGGUCGAUCCCAAUUGAUUUUUGUCCUUAAAUGUUUCUUCAUUCCCUUAAAUACCUCUAACUUUUUCAUCACAAAUUCACAACUUUCAAGAAAAUUAUAAAUUAAUUUCUUCUACUCUAUUUUAUACGGAGUACUUUGUAUAUACUCCAAAUUAUUCUUCCAAAUCCCCAAAAAAGCAUAAACUAGAAGAAAAACAAUUAUGGGGGAUUCUUCUCCUUUGCUUUCAAAUCAAAGCGAUGAUCAUAAUUCUAGUCAAUAUGAUUAUCGUCACCCACCCCGUAAUAAAAAUCAAAUUGUCAAUGAUCGAAUCGAGCAAUGCAUCGGAAACUUAGGUUGUGCACAAGUUUUCCAGUGUAUUCUCGUGUCGUUUGCUUGGGCAUUCGACGCCCAGCAAACGUUUAUUUCGAUUUUUACUGAUGCUGAGCCCGCGUGGCAUUGCACGUCGGGCUCGUGUGGGACCGAUAUUUGUGCCAUUCCUGCGGGCGCCACUUGGGAGUGGGACGCCCCCAGGAAGGCAACAAUUAUAUCCGAGUAUGGCUUGCAAUGCGCCAACUCUUUUCUGACGGGGCUCCCGGCCUCAUCUUUCUUUAUCGGUUGUCUUAUUGGUGGCCUUGUAUUGGCGACGUUGGCGGACUCAUGGCUCGGCCGCAAGAAUCUUUUGCUGAUCUCGUGCUUAGCGAUGUCAUUAUCAGGUAUAUUUACAGCAUUGUUCUCGGAAAAUAUAUGGAUUUACGCGCUUUUGAGAUUUGUUUCGGGUUUUGGAAGGGCGGCUAUUGGGACGUGUUCAUUGGUGUUAGCCACCGAAGUGGUGGGUAAGCAGUGGCGUGGACAAGUUGGUGUGAUUGGUUUCGUCUGCUUUUCCUUUGGUUUUCUAUCUUUACCCGGUAUUGCCUUUUUGACUAAUGGUGAAUCAUGGAGAGCGAUGUAUAUGUGGGCAUCGAUCCCAGCUUUGGUGUAUUGUGUUCUUGUGUUUGUGUUUGUUAGGGAAUCCCCGCGCUGGCUUCUUAUUCGAGGGCGGCGCGAGGAGGCAAUGGAUGCGCUAAAAAAUAUCGCGACCCUACACCAAAGCCAACUCACUUUGAGUUUCUUUGGUGAAGAGGAGGCCCCUCGCGGAGAUGACACUGAUGUGUACUCCGCGAUGAGGGUCUUAAUGUCGAGGGCAUGGGCCCUUCGACGUCUAGUAACGGUUUCCGUGAUGUGUAUUGGGAUUGGAGUGGUUUAUUAUGGUAUGCCAUUAGCCCUUGGUAAUUUGCCCUUUAAUCUCUAUGUGAGUGUCACCCUUAACGCAUUGGCGGAAUUGCCAGGGUCGUUUUUGACAUUUGUUUUGAUUAAUAGACUAGAUAGGAAAAUUGCUGUAGUUGGGUUCACAUUAUUGAGUGGAUUGUGCAGCAUUUUGGUUGUUGUUGUAGGAUAUUUUGAGCAAUUGAUUAUCCUACAAGCUGUUCUUGAGAUACUUUCAUUCCUUAGUGCUGUUUCCGGGUUGAACCUCAUGUUGAUCUUCACAAUCGAGCUAUUUCCUACUUGUGUUCGCAACUCGGCCGUGUCUAUGGCACGUCAAGCCCUCGUGUUUGGAGGGGCUUUCGCCCCGCCUUUGGUGGCAGCAGGGCGUAAGGAUCCGUUCAUAGCCUACGGGGUGUUUGGGAUUGUGAUCGCCGGUUGUGGAAUGUUCGCGAUAUUCUUACCGGAGACCAGGGGAACCGCGCUAGCGGAUACCAUGGACGAGGAGGAGGACAAGGCACAAAAGCUAGGCAGCUUCUGGGCAACUCACUAAUUAUUCUUUUGGAGGCUAAGGUGACUGCUUGUUAAGUUGUAUGAUUGAUGAUCUGUUUCUUGUCAUUGAUUAUUUAGAUUUUUUGGUUUGUUUGUUCUUAGGAUGGGGUCAAUUUUUGUGGGCAAGUAAUACUAGUUGAGCGAAAAAACAUAAAUACCAUAGAUGUUAUAGCUAGGUUGAGCUAGCUAGUUGGCAAUUGAAUGUAACAUGUUACAUAUACAUACUUUGGUGUAUUCCAACUCUAUAGUAUGAGAUGAUCCACAAUUUUGAUUA